GAGAAUAAAUAAGAGAUCGCCGACCGGUACUCUAGUAGUGCUCCCCGCUUGUUCUUCGGGCUAACGUGGUCGCGAAAACGUGUUUCGGCGACUCCGUCAGAGCGUGGAGAUAGGGCGCUUCUCUCCCAAACUUCCGACCGCGAACCUAACUCCGACGGCCAGUCUACGCACAUGGCACUCAGCGCUCGACUGUAAGGAAGCACGGAACCUCUCUCUUUCUCUGUAAGCAGGCACGAAGCCCGGUGUGUACACUUUGUGUGUACAUAAGGCGAUUCAACGACGCCUACGUCCUACGACCUGAGCGAAACCUGAACGGAGACACACGCGAAGGAGCGAACUUGACCCACAUCCAGGAGAGACGUUGAAGCGAGACGCGAAAUCGACACGCAAAUCGACCGUAACGAAGAACUGUGACGAAGGUUCCUCAAGGAUUCGCCGAAGAUCGUAGUCGCUCACAGUCCGCUCACACAGGAAAGAAUGGCUGCACGAUUGUGGCUCUUAUUAUUUGGCCUUCUGGCUCUGGGUCGCUGCCAGAAGAUAAUUUACCCGGAUCAAUACGAGAUAAUGAAGGCGUCGAAUCCACCUUACGCGUUCACAAACGACGGACGUGACUUGAUCGGCAACAAACAGUCGGUACAGAAUGAUCAGCAAUUCAAACCGCAAUUCGCAGCUGCGGCUUACCCCUCGACAACGAUCACAACACCGAUACCUGCUCUACAACCUUUGCCGCAAGAUUGGUCCACUCAUGUGAACAAUAUCAUAGCCAGAGGCCUCACGAAGUUUUCCUUGGACUUGGACAGAGCGAUUUACAAUGUCAGAGGCAGUUCAGCGGCCAGCCAUCGCGAAAACACGAUCUUCUCGCCGCUCAGCAUAAGCGUUGCGUUGUCGAUGGUGCUGUUGGGCUCCGCCGGAAAUACCUUCAGCGAGGUGUCGCGAGUACUCGGUUUGGAGGCCGGAGUCGACAUAUCCCAACACUCGGAAGUCGUUCAUCAGAUGUUCGGCCUGCUGUUGAACAUCGUGAAUUACAGAGUCGAAGGAGGCAACGGGCCGCGCGUCUCUUCCGCCAGCGGCAUCUUCGUCCAGGACGGAUAUCCCAUUCGUCCUGAGUUCCGAGCGAUCAGCCAGAACGCGUACAAGAGCGAAGUAAUAAACCUGGAUUUCCGAAAGAGAGGCGCCGAAGCGAUGAACGUGAUAAACAACUGGGUGAAGGAACGAACGAAUGGGAAAAUCUCCAGCAUAUUGUCGCAGCAGCCAGACCCGCUCACCACCGUGAUACUCGCGUCGGCGCUUUACUUUAACGGCGAGUGGAAUCAGCAUUUCAUAGAUAGCGCUACGAAGAAGAAACCAUUCUUCAUCGAGCCGAACGAAUCGGUCGAGGUUGACAUGAUGUACAAUGGCGGUCCCUUCCCCUUUUACGAGGACAGGUCAAUCGGCGUUAAAAUGCUGCAGCUGCCGUACAAAGGAAUGGAGAUGUCUAUGUACGUGCUUCUGCCGAAAGCCGAGGGCGCUGCCGCUCUGAAGAGAUUCAGCGACCAACUGACAACUGACGUGAUCGAGCAUCUGAUAAACAACCUGAAGAACGAGAGCACCAUCAUCGGUCUGCCGCGCAUGAAACUGUCGAGCACGUUGACCUUGAAGAACGCGCUUCGCACUUUGGGUCUACAAUCGUUGUUCGAUCCAAGCAGUGCGGACCUGAGCAUCCUGUCGAACGGAUACGGUUCUCAGCCGGCCCCCGCUGUCGUGGCCCGUCCUUACGUGAUUCCGCAAGCGGUGCGUCCUUACAUGAAUUCGCAAGCGACGCAAACGUCGAGCGUAACGGCGCGUCCGUAUACGAUCCCGCAAGCUGUACCGCAACCUAUACCGCAAACGUAUCCGCAAGCGUUAUCGCAGAACGCGUCGCGAGCGUUGCCGGAAAACUCGCAAACGUUGUCGCAAGUGCUGUCGCAAGCGCUGCCGCAGGCGUUGCCGCAAGUCGCGAGCCAGCCGACUCUCAAUUCCGUCAGCAACAACGACUUCUUGAUCUUCUCGCGUUUCGGCCAAGAUGGUAAUCAGGACGCAGGCAACGGCAUAAGGAGAAGUUACAUCAGGUACGAAGAUAAGCAACGCGGUGUUACCGUGGAACAGUGGGGCACAGGUUUUCAUAUUCGCAAAAUUCGCAGAAUACGUCGCGACACUGACGGACGUGACGCGUCUCGACUCGCGUACGUAACCAAGGAGAACCUCGCCAACGAGCCCCAACGUCGCGAACCGAGCACGAAAUAUGUCAGCCUGGAGGAGAACAAGUACCGCUUCCGGGACGCCGACGAGAGGAGGCGCGCGGACCGGAAGAAACGUCAGACCGCUCGACCCAUGGACGAAAGCUUCCUGAGGUUCAUCCAGAGCCGGAACUUCCAGACCUACGGCCUGGACGAGCUGCGGAACAACGCGCAACUGACGAAUCCGGGCCUCUUCGCCGACGAGGUGCUGCACAAGGUGGAGAUGGAGGUGACGGAACGCGGAACGGAAGCCGCGGCGGCGACCGCCGUGCUCCUCGAGCGUGACGGCAACCAGAAGCGGCUGAUCGCCAAUCGGCCCUUCCUCUUCUUCAUCCGGCACGAUCCCACCGGACUCAUUCUGUUCUGGGGAACGGUCAACACCCCGACUCCGAAUUACACCGCUGCCAGAUGAAACGACGAACUACCUUGAACGUUCUCGGGGAUUUACAGAGUUCCUCUUCAAUCAUUCGCGCACUCGAGCGAAUGAGCAUUCACGCGCGCGCGUACACACACACACACACACACACACACAGGCAUGCUCGAUUAUUUUCUACGUAUUUAUAUAUUCGCUCUCUCUCUCUCUCUCUCUCUCUCUCUCUUUCGACUCGAGCAAAUGUAAUUAUUCUCGCGCCUCGCCAUUUUCCUCGUCUCCUUCUUAUUUUUUUUUUCUUUUGUACUUUGUAUCGCAGCGCGCACACACACCGCUUCCGUCUUGAGCUUAUCACGCGAUCACAUCGUCCUGCCUCCGCCUUUCCGUUUUAUUAUUUAUCCCGCGUUCGUAUCGCGCUUCUACUAGUAUUACCGCGUCGUACGCCGAUGUUGUAAGAUAAGACGCGUUACUCGCACGCGCGACUUGAAUAUAUAUGAAUGAACGACGUUCGGGUUUUUUGACGACUUUGAAACGACUUUCGAAACGCCAGCUUCGUGCGAAAGAGGUCGAAAAUGUCACACCGACUAUUUCAAAUUCGGAGAAGAUCACACGCACGGAAUUGUAUCAGUUACGUUCUUUUUGUGAUCGAAAAGCAAAACGGAGAAAUAUUCUUCACGAUACACUCGAUAAAAGUUAGGCGGGAACUCGCUUCCGUUAUUCCGCCUGCUGCUUCAACUUUACUUCUUGUCUUCGAUUGAAUCGGCGAGAUUAUAAACUUAUCGAGGAAAUUCAUAUGUUUACGCAUUUAUACGUUUAUAUUCGAUUAUUUUAUAUCCGAGUGUUGCAAACACAAAUUCUGCGUGCGACCAGGUGUUAAAAAUGUUCCUUUUAGCUGCGGUCUUCAGCAACGUCUGCAUUUGAAGUGACAAGAGCGCAUGUUCACGCAAAAUAGAGAUAAAUACUUCGUAAUAUUUUGUUUUACAACAUUAAAAAAAUAAAUACUGUAUAUAGAUAUAAAAGUGUGUGACUGAAAAGGACAGACCUAUAAUUUUCGAUGUAUUGAGAAAUAGAUAAUUUUUAUCAAUUUGCUUUCAAGAGGCUUUGCGUGUUAAAAUAUUGCUAUUAUAAUAACGUCAAUAAGAAUUGUGUGAGAUUAAUUGCCAGUUGAAGAAACUUUCUGUAGUAACAAUUAUUCGAACUAUUUAUCAUAUUUUGUACGUUCACGUAUAAAUCUUAAAAUAAUAUUUUUGUGACGCGAUCAAUUACAAAAGAUAUUAACUGUAAGCAAGAAUAUUAUCAAUCGAAAUAAUGUAAAUUUAUCCACCGACGGUUGCUUUCACACCAGCACCCUUCGGUUAUCCUCGGGCUGAGACAGAUACGAAAAUUUAUCGACAGUUGUUGGUCUGAUGAUUGAUCGAUUCAACUGUUGAAAAUAUCCUGAAGACGCUUCGGACAUCUAACACUCCCUAUUUAUUCAAGUAUCUUUCAGACACUUUAGACACUCACGUUGCUUCGAUUAUCGCUACAAAGAUAACUACUGCCAACGAAUAAACCAUCUAUUGAACUUCAAUUCGCCGACGCGGAUCGUACACACAAGCGACAUCUUGAAAGAACGCCGUCCCUCCGUCGAACUUAAAAAUUUUCUACCACCGAACCACUCAACCACCGAACAAAACU